GCGCAACAGACCGCAUGCAGCAGGCGCUUGACUUAAAUCAUUUUUACUAUCUGACUCUAUUACUUGUAGAUGUCGUUGAAACCUGGAUCAUUCUCUUAUAUCAAAUAUAAAUGAGGUCAUGCAAACUUCUUUGAAUGCGACAUCUUCAGUUGGAGGAUCUUUUAAGACUUUUCCCUGGAGAAUAUGAACAUGACAUGUGGGAAGUGUGAUUUGAUGGCAUUAUAAUGUCAAGUUUGCCAUCGUCCUAGACUGCGAAGGAUGAACCGAAUGGGUUCCUUUACAUAGCCUAUAAUAUCAAUUUAUGCACUAGAAAAAAAACAAGAUAGAACAGCAAAAAUGGAACCAUUUACAUUGCAUGAUAUGCUCAUAAACUCAACGAAUCUUUAUAAGAUAUUAUGUGACUUUGGAAUCAAGAAUGUCUCAGAGUGUGAAGAUGAAAGCGAGCCCCCUCCGGAACCGAAAGAUUUGAAUCAGACGGUACGUAUCUUCCUCUAUAGCCUCAUCUUCCUGGUCAGCGUGCUGGGUAACAGCCUGAUCAUCGCCGUGUUGGUCAGGAACCGCCGCAUGCGCACCGUCACCAACCUGUUCCUGCUCUCCCUGGCCGCCAGCGACCUGAUGCUCUGCCUCUUCUGCAUGCCCUUCACCCUCAUCCCCAACCUCAUGAGAGACUUUGUGUUCGGCUCGGGCAUCUGCAAGGUGGCCAUGUACUUCAUGGGGAUCUCGGUGAGCGUCUCCACCUUCAACCUGGUGGCCAUUUCCCUGGAGCGCUACAGUGCCAUCUGCAACCCCCUGACCUCCCGGACCUGGCAAACCAAGUCCCACGCCGCCAAGGUCAUCUCUGCCACCUGGGUGGUGAGCUUCCUGUUCAUGCUGCCCUACCCCAUCUCCAGCACCCUGGUGCCCUUCACCCGGGUCAACAACAGCACGGGCAACAUGUGCCGCCUGGUAUGGCCCAGUGAUGUCAUCCAGCAGUCCUGGUAUGUGUCCCUGCUGCUGCUUCUCUUCCUGGUUCCUGGGAUCAUGAUGAUGACAGCCUAUGGUCUCAUCUCCCUGGAGCUCUACAGGGGCAUCAAGUUUGAGAUGGCCAACAGGAAGUCCAGCAGAGAGAGACAGUGCAGCACGGGCAGCAUCAAACCCGGCGACAAUGACGGCUGCUACCUUCAGCCCGCCAAGAAGAAGAAGGGCGAGCUCGCCCACCUCCAGAACCCUCCCUCGACCCCCAGCCCUAACGUGACCAGCAACAGCAGAGACAACGUGGGCAGCAACAAGUCCAAGCUGAGCCGUGUGUGCAGCAACAGCUCCACCUGUAACCUGAUGGCUAAGAAGCGCGUGAUUCGCAUGCUCCUGGUCAUCGUCUGUCUCUUCUUCCUCUGCUGGACGCCCGUGUUCGCCGUUAACGCCUGGCGGGCCUUCGACCGCCAUUCUGCCGACAAGCUCCUCUCGGGGGCGCCGAUAUCCUUCAUCCACCUGUUGUCGUACACCUCCGCUUGUGUCAACCCCAUUAUAUACUGCUUCAUGAAUAAGCGUUUCCGCCAAGGUAUUCUGUCCACCUUCACCUGCUGUAGCAGCCCCAAGGCCGGUGGAGUCGGGAGGGGGGCUGGGAGAAGGAUGGGGACGGGGAGAGGGGGAGGAAGAGGAGGGAUGAGGAGUGGAGAGGAGAAUGGGCACACGGCGCAGAGUGGUAAUAACACGCGCUUCACGUACUGUAGUAUCCGUGGCUCCGCCCAGGCUUAGCUUCCUUUCUCCAUCAUUGACCAAUCAGAAUGAGUAAGUGGUCAUGCAGCACCCCCCACCCCCCACUGUACAUUGAGCUUUCGGUCUCUGAUGAGGUCAUGCAUGCCUGCUUUCAACUUUUAAAGUCACCAUGCCUGUGAAAGUGGACAUGUAUGUAUGAAGAGAAUCUCAGACAAUAGGUUGAUGAUAAACUUGGUGCCAUUACAAAGAAAAGACAAUCAAACGAUAGCAUGUUGACUACAUGAAAUGGAAUAAUCAGCCAAGGUUUUCAACAAGGAGAAGGUUAUGAAUUUAAAUAAGUAUCGGUAAAYAAACUACAUGGACUGAGGAACAGUGGCACCUGAUAUAACUCUUUAUGACGUACAGGAUCCUAAUUGCUUCUUUUAAUAGGGACCGUGAGAAAACAUGGCUAGUUUAUGUCUACAGCCAUGAGGUCUACAUUCAAUGUUGUUCCUCCACACAGACAUUCACCCACGAUGUGUACAAUCGUCACGGUGUCUCUUUACGUAACCCCUCCUCUCCCGAAUCACCCACGGGGAAAAGCAGCACCCUAGUUGUCUUGGUUUGAUGUUGAUCAGAUGAUCCUAGAGGAACGUCCAAGCAGCUUUUUCAGAGCCAUGUAAGAUCUCCAUGAGCAUGUUGAACGGAUGAACCCUGGAUGACCCUUGUGUGUGUGUUUUCUCCCCUCUCUGCAUAAUAUUCUCUCUGUACACAUUCUCGUCAGGGACUUGGAAAGGCACAAACCACAGCCCAAUGACAACACCACGUCCACCAAGACAUGAAUAACUCUGACUCCUUUUUACAGGCAGUGUGACACACAAAUAUGCCCAUAUGUGUAAAUACUUCUGGACUAAUUGUUACCAUACCUGGCAGUGUCAUGCUCUGAAACRCAUUCCUAGCCUUGUAGCAUAGUGUCAUCCUCGUGGGCGCACAAAAAAAAGCUGUGUUUUCUUGUCCUUGACUCAGUCAUCUUUUAUCGUUGUACCUAGUGUACUAUUUAUUGUAAGUGACAUGACUGUGGCCUUAUCGUGGUGUGGGACUCUGUGCACCUGUCUGUCCCCCUACUUCAAAAAGGACCUUUCCCAGCAUUACCUGUCAAGCAUACCACACCUGGUCUCUGUUGACGUGGGUUGUUAAAUACACUGCAGCACAAACGUAGCAAACUGUGUUGUUUUGUCCUCUUGGCUGUAUUGUAUCAUCAUGUCACUGUUAAUCGGAGGAUUUUAGUGUUGCUCUCGAAGGGAAAUUGUUCUGUAAAGUGCAUGGGAUACAUUACCAAAAAAAGGAAAUUAAAU